AUGGAUGAUCUCCCAUUAGAGAUAGCAACAGAAAUAUUUUCUGGAGUACCAGCAGAAACAGUUCUAGAAUGCAAACGAGUUUGCAAAACAUGGCAAAUUCUCUUAUCACUUAACAAGAAUUUUGCUGAUAUGCACUUGCAGCGUCAACAAUUACCCGAGCUGGAUCAUGAUCACAACAACUAUAACAAUGGGGCUGCAGGUUCGAAGGUAAAUCUAGGUUUUAUGUUAAUAUUACUUGGGGAAGUCGAUAAAAACAAUAGUGUUCAACAGCUUUACUAUGGAGAAUAUAACGAGGGAACUGAUAGUACUUAUCACGACCAGAAGUGCAUUCCAACAUUUCCAAGAAAAAUUAACUUGAUCAAUCACCCUCCCAUUGAACCCCCUAAGUGCCGCACGGGUUCUCUAGCUGGUUCUUGCCAUGGUUUGAUUUGUUUAGAUAAACCUAGGAAGAGCGCCUUCCCAGAUUCAAUCCAUAUCUGUAAUCCCAUUACCAGAGAAUGCUCGCAUCUUCAAGGAUUUAACGAGUACCUGGAUGCUGAUAGAAGAUACCGCCUACAUAUUCGCUUUGGUUACAGUCCGCAAACCAACGAGUACAAGGUUGUCAGAAUCACAUAUAUAGGCCUACUUUCUAGUAUAGGAGAUAUACACGUAUACACUCUUGGUGGCGGCAGCGGGUGGAGAAAUAAAGGGGCAACCACAAGCGCGUUAUGUGGACGAUCUGGUGUCUUUGCUAAUGGCAGCGGGUGGAGAAAUAAAGGGGCAUCUUCAAGGACGGCGAGCAACUAG